CUCCGCGGAGCAUCAGCCGGACGCCGCAUUGGGCUGCUAUGGAGGGCGCCGGAGCCCGCCUCGGCUUCCAAUACCGUCGCUGCCCGUGAUUGUUUCCCCCCUUUCCCCUCCUAGCGCGCGCGCGCGCGGGGCGCUCUUUUCAGCGAGAACAAUGAUUCCUGUCACUGAAUUCCGCCAAUUCUCUGAGCAGCAGCCAGCCUUCCGUGUUUUGAAGCCAUGGUGGGAUGUAUUUACAGACUACCUUUCUGUUGCCAUGUUGAUGGUUGGUGUGUUUGGUUGCACAUUACAGGCGAUGCAGGAUAAGAUCAUAUGCCUUCCCAAGAGAGUCCAGCCUUCUCCGAAUAUAUCUCACCUUAAUAUGUCAGAUAUGGAUUCCAGUGCAGCUCAGUUCCUUCCACCCAAGCCAUCCACACCUCCUGCCACUGUUGAAAUGAAGGGCUUAAAGACUGACUUAGACCUCCAGCAGUACAGCUUUAUAAAUCAAAUGUGCUACGAGCGUGCCUUGCAUUGGUACGCAAAGUACUUUCCAUACCUUGUCCUUAUACACACAUUGAUCUUCAUGCUAUGUAGCAACUUUUGGUUCAAGUUCCCAGGGUCCAGCUCAAAAAUUGAACAUUUCAUUUCCAUUCUGGGGAAAUGUUUUGACUCUCCUUGGACCACAAGGGCUUUGUCAGAGGUUUCUGGAGAAGACUCUGAGGAGAAAGACAACAGGAAGAACAACAUCAACCGGUCAAACACGGUCCAGCCUACCACAGAAGGCAAUUUGGUCAGGACGCAGUCCUUAAAAUCCGUAUCUGAAAAAUACAUUGUGGAUAAAGGAACUCCGGGGGCUUUGGAUAAAAAAGAAGGAGAACAAGCUAAAGCGUUAUUUGAGAAGGUGAAGAAAUUCCGUCUCCAUGUUGAGGAAGGUGACAUACUAUAUGCUAUGUAUGUUCGCCAAACAGUGCUGAAAGUGAUCAAGUUUCUCAUUAUUAUUGCAUAUAACAGUGCACUUGUUUCAAAAGUUCAGUUUACAGUGGAUUGCAAUGUUGAUAUUCAAGACAUGACAGGAUAUAAGCACUUUUCUUGCAAUCAUACAAUGGCACAUCUUUUUUCUAAACUCUCAUUCUGCUACUUAUGUUUUGUAAGUAUUUAUGGACUGACGUGCCUUUAUACGUUGUACUGGCUCUUUUACCGCUCUCUGAAAGAAUAUUCGUUUGAGUACGUCCGGCAAGAGACUGGAAUUGAUGAUAUCCCAGAUGUCAAGAAUGACUUUGCUUUUAUGCUCCACAUGAUAGAUCAGUAUGAUCCUCUUUACUCGAAGAGAUUUGCUGUAUUUCUUUCAGAGGUCAGUGAAAACAAACUGAAGCAGCUGAAUUUAAACAAUGAAUGGACUGCUGACAAACUCCGGCAAAGAUUGCAAAUGAAUGCCAAUAACCGUUUGGAAUUGCAACUGUUUAUGCUGUCUGGACUUCCUGAUACAGUCUUCGAAAUUACAGAGAUUCAGUCCUUGAAACUUGAAAUUAUUAAUAAUGUCAUGAUACCGGCUACCAUUGUGCAACUUGACAAUCUCCAAGAGCUUUCCCUAUACCAAUGUUCUGCAAAGAUCCACAGUGCAGCCUUGGCAUUUCUAAAAGAAAACCUGAAAGUCUUGAAUGUCAAGUUUGAUGACUUCAGAGAACUUCCACCUUGGAUGUACGGGCUCAGAAAUUUAGAAGAAUUAAACUUAAUUGGUUCUUUAUGCCACGACAUUUCUAAAAAUAUAACUUUGGAGUCUUUUCGAGAGCUGAAGAACCUUAAAGUUCUGCUCAUUAAAAGCAACCUGUCCAAAGUCCCACAGUCAGUAGUUGAUGUUUCAAGUCACCUUCAAAAAAUGUGCAUUCAUAAUGAUGGCACUAAACUAGUAAUGCUCAACAACCUGAAAAAAAUGGUCAACUUGACCGAAUUAGAGUUGUUGCACUGUGAUAUGGAACGCAUUCCUCAUGCUGUUUUCAGCCUUAACGCUCUCCAGGAGCUGGAUCUUAAGGAAAACAAUCUGAAAUCUAUAGAGGAAAUUGUUAGCUUUCAACACCUUAGAAAACUUACAAUCCUUAAGUUAUGGCACAACAGUAUAACCUACAUCCCUGAGCACAUAAAGAAGCUCACCAGUCUAGAACGGCUUUCUUUUAGUCACAACAAGAUAGAGGUUCUCCCAUCCCACCUUUUCCUAUGCAACAAAAUUAGAUAUUUAGACUUAUCUAACAAUGACAUACGAUUCAUCCCCCCUGAAAUUGGGGUUCUACAAAGUUUACAGUAUUUCUCCAUUUCUUGCAACAAAAUAGAGAGUGUGCCAGAUGAGUUAUACUUUUGCAAAAAAAUCAAGACCCUGAAGAUUGGGAAAAACAACUUGUCUAUUCUUUCACCUAAAAUUGGAAAUCUAGUGUUGCUAUCCUACUUGGACAUUAAAGGAAAUCACCUGGAGUUUCUUCCCCAUGAACUUGGUGACUGCAGAGCUCUUAAAAAGGGUGGACUUGUGGUUGAAGACAUCUUAUUCGAAACUCUGCCUUUGGAUGUUAGAGAACAGAUGAAGGCUGAAUAAUAUUCUCAGCACUCCGUGCAAACUUUCUGCCAAAUGCCUUGUACAUAACUAAUAUGCCUUCAAGUCUUUAUCUUAUUUUGAUGUAUUUUGACAUUUUAUAUAUGGAUCAUUUUGGAAUAUAUGUAUUACAUGUAAACAUUUAUAUUUAUAUAAGCUUUCUUCUUCUACCCCACCCACUUCCAUGUUUACAUUUCUUUUUUAAAUUUCAGCCUUAUAUUGUAUGUCUCUACUUUUUACUCUGUUUUGUUGAGAUGAAAUUGCUGACAUCUGCCUUAAAAAAAAUGCCCUAGCUCAAACAAAGAUAAUCAUCUUUAAAAAUAAAUAAUUUAGGUAACAUAUUUAAGUAGAAUAAUAUAUGGUUGCUGUAGCAACUGGGAUUCUUUCUAUUCUGCUUUUCAAAAAUCAUCUAAAUGCUUUAAAACUGAAAAAAAAAAGUGUUCUUUAUCUUGUUUUAUUUCCUAGUUGCGGGUAAUGGCUUUUGCAAGUCAGAUUGCCCUGUCCUUAGGACUUGUUUAUAUCAAAACAGCAACCAAUCAUUGAUAAA